AUGACUAAACUGACCAGAAUAACACAUAUGCAGGCAGCCAUACAACACGUAACAUGUAUGCAAAAAUUACGACUGUCCUAUAACAUCAACUACUUCAAGAAAUACAUCAACAUUAUCCUGCAGUUCAUUCCAGAGAUGAUCUUUAUUAUAUGUCUUUUUGGCUACCUUGUCUUCAUGAUUAUUUUCAAAUGGUGUCAUUUUGAUGUCCACUCAUCACAGAGCGCACCAAGCAUUCUCAUCCACUUCAUCAAUAUGUUUCUGUUUAAUUACAGUGAUGCUUCUAAUGCUCCACUAUAUCUGCACCAGAGAGAAGUGCAGAGCUUUCUGGUCAUAUUUGCUCUGAUUGCUGUUCCCUGGAUGCUGCUAAUUAAACCUUUCAUCCUCCGAGCCAACCACCAGAAAGCACGACGCAUGAUUCAGUCUCAAGCUCACCCAGGAAACACUGUGGGAGAAAAUGAAGUGGAUGCCCCAGAGACCAAUCACACCAAGAAAGCUUCCCGAGCAGACCAUGGUGGUGGUGGCCAUGAGGAUGAUGAAGAAGAGUUCAACUUUGGAGACACAUUUGUCCACCAAGCUAUCCAUACCAUUGAAUAUUGCCUUGGCUGCAUUUCCAACACAGCGUCCUACCUGCGGCUCUGGGCGCUCAGCCUAGCCCAUGCACAAUUGUCAGAAGUUCUCUGGACGAUGGUAAUGCACAAUGGGUUAAACAACAGCAGCUGGGUAGGCCUCAUUGUUGUCUUCAUCAUCUUUGCUGCUUUUGCAGUGCUGACGGUAGCCAUCCUGCUCGUCAUGGAGGGUUUGUCAGCCUUCCUGCAUGCCUUGCGCCUGCACUGGGUGGAGUUCCAGAACAAGUUCUAUGUGGGAGCUGGGUACAAAUUUUGUCCGUUCUCCUUCAAGCAUAUCAUAGAUGGCACUGCAGAAGACUAAAGCCAGUGCAUUGAUUCUUCAUUUCUCAGACCAGGCCCUAUUUCCUUAUCAUUGGUUGCUCCAGAGUUGGUUAUAUACAGUGAUAUAGAAUGGGACAUAGCCCUUGGAAGAAGAUCAGCUGUACAUGGAAAUGUCCUAGGCCCAUUCUCAGUGAUAACACAGAUGCUGCAUCAGCUGGGUUGGCUGGAUCCUGAGCUGCAUAUCUCCACUGAUGUCUUUGCUGAGUACCUGGUCCUCAGCAUUUGAUCAGAUUAGCUGCCCAGUGCUUGGUUAAAAAGAAGCAAUGCAUUUCAUUUGAAUUAAAUUGGUUAUUAAUAAUCAACUUGCAUGUGUUUUGCUCCACUUGUCUUUGUGGCUUAUUUCUCUACAAGGAACAUAUGUUUCAGCUGUUGUUUGAAGCUGUGGUUGACCAUUUCACAAUGAUUAAUUCUCUUAGAAGACUGCUGCCCUUCAUUGCACAAACAAUGCAAAACUGCUCAUGGACAGAUGAUAUUGCAGGCAGGCAAUUUUCUACAUGCUUUACUACAAGAAUCCUCCUAUUAUCUGAUUUGCUCCAGGUCUUGACAAUGUGAGAUUAUAGAAGUUUGCACACGUCAUCACUUAACAAAAGCAUUGGUUUUGAGCUGUGUAAACAAAAGAGUGCAGUAGUUUCCACACUGGCAGCCAAUUUAUUUCUCUCUAUGGACUUGUUUCAUGCUGGAAACUUAAAAUGACUCCUCCUGUGCUGUGCUUUUCAAGAUGGGUUGCUAAAACAGAUCGUGUAGUAGUGCUAAUACUUAAUAAACAGAGAGAAGAGGGAAAUCAAUACAUUUGAGAUGAAUUCACAGUGUUGAUGUACCGUGAUCUUUUUAAAAUAUUCAUGAACUGCCGGUUUUUCAAACUGAAUAGUGUUAAUCAAGACAGGCUAUUUUUUCAAGCAUGGAGGAUGUAAAAUCUCAACAUGACACAUGGAAUGUUUUGGACAUGGAAUGUUUUGCUUCCCUCCAAAGAGGUUGUGGGU